GACGAGCAGUGGCGGCGUGCCUGCGCCGGCAUGGUCGUCAUCGCGGCCAACGCGGGCGGCACCUGGAGCCCCGUCUUCGACGUCAGCACGGUGCUGGAACCCACGACGGGGAUCCUGUGGCAGAGGAACAAGGUGACGGCCGUGGGCUGCAUCCAGUGGCUGUUCCUCCCGUCCCUGGUCUCGAUGCUGACGCCGAUGAUCGGCAUCAUGUGGCAGUCGCCGCCGCGGCGGAG